AUGACACCGAUACUGGAGAAGGAAAACGAGAACCAGAGACUUUUGAAGAUAAUUGCAGACCAAGCAGCCCAGAUUCAGAGACUGACUGACUGUGUGGAGUCACUUAAUGCCCAGGUUUUUAAGCUUACAAGUAUCAUUCAUAAAUCAGUUCCCAAUGUUGAUUCUUCCAAAACAGCAAAACGUAGACAUAACAGCCAUUCGAGUGACCUACAUACUGAGACCGGUGAUCUUUUCACACCUGUGCGACAUCGCAAAGUGAGACUGCGCAAAACAGAAUUUCCUCCUCUACCGACGAAAUCCACAAAUAACAAACAUUCAGGCAACCUAAAACGGUCUGCGUCUGUACCCUCUACCGCUUCUACUAGUCAGCCAAGGGAAAGACCUUUAUCAGCAUCCACACAGAGUGCUUCUCCUGUUAUACCCCAAGUGCAGUCUGAUCCAUUGGCUGGCUGCAACUCAUCUUCCUUGCCAUCCAGCGGAUCUCUAAACACACAGGCCCAAUCGCCUCGCCAGGUGCGUAUUACUCCAAUCGUGUUGAGAGAUGCGACAAAAUGGCGCACCUUAAACUAUUCCUUUGUAAGUCUUAGUAUUCGUAUUGAACGAGCAGUCGCCGUUGACGCUGGGAUACGUAUCAUCCCCAAAACAGAAGACGAUUAUCGCAGGAUAAUCCGUCUUUUCAAAGAGGAAAACAUUCCUCAUCACACUUUCCCUUUGCCCACUGAACGCAACAUCCAUGCGGUUAUCAGAGGUAUCCCAGCAUCAACCACCGAACAGGAGGUCAAAGUUUCCAAGAUGCCAAAUAUUUACAAACGAAAAUCAUUGGAGAGGGCCAAAUGGACCGAGGAGCAACUAAAAUCUGCAAUGAGUACUGUUAAAGAUGAGGAAUUAUCUGUACGUCAGGCUGGAAAAACUUUUGGUAUUCCGAGAAAGACAUUGGAAAAGCGGAUUAAACAGAAUGAAGACCAUAAGAAAAAAUUGGGUCCAGACACUUCUUUCGGGGCUGCACAUGAAAACAGACUGCUGGGCUUGAAACAUAAAUUUAAUAAUGAGCUUCAGAAAGCUGGUUACGUUUGGCUGCAGUCAUUUCUCAUCAGACAUCCACAAGUAUCAGUUAGAAAAGCAGAAAGUUUGUCGUUGGCGAGGUGCACAGCAAUGUCUAGAAAUGUAGUAAUUGAUUACUUUAAAGUACUGCAGAGUGUUCUGGAAGAAAACAAUCUCUUGAAAAACCCGAAAAAUAUUUUUAAUAUGGACGAGAGUGGAUUACAAUUAAAUACAAGACCGGGGGAAGUUUUGGUAGUAAAAGGAUCAAAAGUAGUUUCGUCAGUUGCUUCAGCAGAAAAGGGCGAGACUGUAACAGUUGUUGCCUGCUAUAACGCCGAGGGCACCUUUCUUCCUCCUGUCGCUAUUAUGAAAGGAAAAAAUUUAAAACAUGAACUUUAUGACAAAAUGCCUCCUGGUUCUCAGCUGUUUUUGUCGGAGAAGUCAGCGUACAUGAACUCCGACUUAUCCUAA